UUCAGUGCAAUCAUGCAGCUUUUCAUCAAUGGCCAGUCGCUGCACACCUUGGAUGUGGCCGACCAGGACACGGUGCUGGAUGUUAAGGCUCGUGUAGCUCAACUUGAAGGUCUCUUGGAUUGUGACCUGGUGCUGUCCUAUGCAGGAGCGGCACUGGAGGAUGACGCGGUUUUGUCACAGAGCGGUGUCGGUGACCAGUGCACCCUGGACCUUACAGGCAGACUUCUGGGAGGUAAGGUCCAUGGGUCACUUGCUCGUGCUGGAAAAGUGAAAGGCCAGACGCCUAAGGUGGCAAAACAAGAAAAGAAGAAAAAGAAAACUGGCCGAGCAAAGAGACGCAUGCAGUACAACCGUAGGUUCGUCAAUGUAAUGCCCACCUUUGGAAAGAAGAAAGGCCCCAAUGCCAAUUCCUAGACCGGAUCUGCUUUCAGCUCCCUGGAAUAGUAUUGCCAA